UAAAUCAGUAAACAAAGAAUGACGCGACAUGCAAGAAAUUGCACAGCUGGAGCUGUUUAUACGUAUCAUGAGAAAAAGAAAGAUGCAGCAGCCUCAGGUUACGGAACAAAUACACAAAGAGUGGGAAAAGAUUCUGUCAAGAAUUUUGACUGUUGCUGCCUAACAUUACAGCCUUGUAGAAAUCCUGUCAUAACAAAGAAUGGCUAUUUAUUUGAUAAAGAAGCAAUUUUGGAAUAUGUAUUAACCAAGAAGAGAGAGUAUACUAGAAAGUUAAAGGAAUAUGAAAAACAAAAACAUCAACAAGAGGAACAAUUUCAUGAAAAAACUGCUAACGAAGAAUUACAGAAGUUACAAAAGUUUUUAAAAGGAGAGAAAAAUAUUGUUUCAAGAAGUCAGACUGCAGUCGAAUCAGGUUCUUCAGUUUCUAAUAUGAGCAAUGGCAAAGAUAAAAUAUUACCUAGUUUUUGGAUUCCUUCUAAAACGCCGGAAGCAAAAGAAAUAAUAUUGCAAAAACCAGAUAAAACAAUCUACUGUCCUAUUAGUGGAAAACCACUAAAAAUAAAAGAUCUUAUUCCUGUGAAAUUUACUGAAGUAAAAGAUCCAGAUGACAAAAAAUCUCUUAUCGUUAAACAAGCAAGAUAUAUGUGUCCUAUUACACAUGACAUCCUAAGCAAUAGUGUUCCAUGUGCAGUUAUAAGGACAACUGGCGAUGUAAUUACAAUGGAGUGCGUAGACAAAAUUAUAAAAAAGGACUGGAUCAAUCCCUUGGAUAGUACAAAAUUGACUGAAGCAGAUAUUAUACCUCUUCAAAGGGGAGGAACUGGAUAUGCAGCUGUUAAUGAUUCUUUGGAAGGUAAACAUGAGAGACCGGUAUUACAAGCAUGAAACAUGCAGUCAGUGAAACUUGAUUACAUAUAUAAUUUUGAAUGUACAAAAAAGUAUUAAAUUGACC